UACUGAGGUCUAGUGUGUGUGCGUGAUGCUGAACUCGCCGUGGAGAAUAGUCCAAUGAAUGAACGUUCAGUCGAGUGCCAGAAUCAAUGGAAUUUUACGCCUUGGUCUACAACUUACUUCCGUGAACAUUUCCAGCAAUUUUGUCCGAGACGACGCACUACAACCGGGCGUGAACGGCGAACGUGUACUCAACUGAAUAAAAGGAAUCUUUUGUUUCAGAGAUUCAAGAGGCAUUCUCACAACCUCCACAAGAAAGGGAAUAACGUUUGUAAAUGUAGCCUAGUAUGAAACAAAUGUGUAACUCUUUCAUUCGUUUUUCUUCUGGAAUAGGCUACAUGUGCUGGAGCGGGCUGCGUUAGCUGGAUAACCAAAUGUUUUGGAACUUUGCCAAAACGUAAAACUUCAAGGCAGAUCUGUUUUCGUCAGGAGUUCGAUGCGGCCAGUCAUACUUUGGGACUGUCCAGAACUGCGUAAAUCCGGCUAUUUCAAAUAGCCCCGAGGACAUUGUUUUCUAUUCGCUCUGGAACGGCACUUGUGGAAAAGAACCAACAUGCGCGCGAGUCUGACGGUUACGCAAAAAGUUAAAGGAAAUCAACCCAAUCUGUGCCUAUGGAGAGUAUAUGUGAUGGUUGUUUUCCUUUCUGUUGUCGGACUCUCUUCUGCGUCUGCAUGUCCCAGCAAAUGUGUGUGCCAGAAUACAUCCGUUCUAUGCGAAAACAUGGACCUCACAGCAAUUCCACAACCAUUACCCGAGGACAUCGAGACGUUGAUUGUAACUGGAAACAACAUCACGCGUCUCACCACUGAUUCUUUCCCUAAGCGUCUUGCACAACUUACUGAAGUGCAUUUGACGGGGAAUCACAUAGAAGAAAUCGAAUCUGGUGUGUUUUAUAAUGUGCCCAAUUUAAGUUUGCUGGACCUUAGUGAUAACAGGAUACGAAGCGUCAGUGGUGAGGCAUUCGCUGCUGAUAACACGCUGCUCUCGUUAAAUCUGAGCAAAUCUCUGUACAGUUAUUCUUACACCGGCGAAUUAACUCGCCUCUUCAACAAUAGCACACCGAAGCUUUCCAAACUGGAUUUAUCCAACAACAAAAUGGUUUUCUUGCCGGACAGCAUGUUCACCGGUCUACCAGACCUGGCUUUCUUGGAUCUGCGCAACAAUUCCAUCGUAUCAGUGAGCAGUGAGACUUUUAGAAACCCACUCCUGGGUGUGCUGGACCUACGAGACAACGCGCUGCGAGAGAUGUCUAAUGGAACGUUAUUCGACUUCAGCGCAAACCCCACAUUAACAGACAUCAGGAUAACAGACAACCCCUGGCUGUGUGACUGCAACAUCAUAGACAUGCAGGACUGGCUGAGGAAAAGCCAUCAGGUUUUGGAUAAGCAAAGCAUCACCUGCGAUGGACCUGAUUACUUGAAGGGGCGUCUUUUGCUACAGGUUGAGCCGUCGCAGCUCAGUUGCAAUUACAACGGAGAACUGGAGGGGGUGCUAGAGACGUCGUACGUCUUCCUGGGCAUGGUGCUGGCACUGAUCGGGGUCAUCUUUCUGCUGGUGCUGUACCUGAAUAGGAAGGGCAUCAAACGGUGGAUGUACAACAUUCGGGACGCCUGUAGGGACCACAUGGAAGGUUAUCACUACAGGUACGAGAUCAACUCAGACCCAAGGCUGGCCAACCUCAGCCUCAACUCGGACGUCUGAGAUUUACGGGGCUAUAGGGACAUAAUUGGGGACUUUGAGCCAGCACCCGAGAGCUCUGUCUGCAUGACUGCUCCACUAGUAGUGUAGUGCUUGCCUGUAGUGCAACCAGUCCUCCCGCAUUUCCCUCCCCCGUAGACUUAAUGGUAUUCAACUCUCUUACCACCACACCACGCACGAGCACACACACACACACACACACACACACACACACACACACACACACACACACACACACACACACACACACACACACACACACACACACACACACACACAGGGCCGCUGACUGCUUUGGCUGGGCCCAGGACCAUCAUCUGAAAGGGCGCCCCACCCAUUACAAUCAAUGUAAUGAGGACCCAAUUAUGGGCCCCCCAUUUCCCUGGGCCCGGGACAGGUGACCCCUUUGUCCCCCAUUGUCAGCUUUCCUGCACACUCACACACACACACAGGCACACACACAUGUACACGAACACGCACGCACACUCACACACACGGCCUACACAGACAAGCCCUUUCCAACAGACAGAACCUGAACUGAGAGAGUUCAGAGAAAGGACUUGUGAUGUGGGUGAGGGUGACUGUCUGACUCAGAGAAGGACCACCAUGUGAAGUCGACUAGGCCUCGCUAACAUGUUUGUUCAUCUUUUGAUGUUGUUCAGUGCUGCAUGGGCCGGAAUGUCAUGACACAGGAAUUUGCAAUCUAAGCCGCCCGUGAGAGAGGGUCUUUGAGGGGUCACCCUUUCCCCCAAAUGUCUUCCGUUUAUGUUAGAGGCCAUUCUGGGACAUGGUUGGGUUUACUGGAGGUGCAUUCUAUCAUCAGAUUCAGAAGGGAGUUAAAAAAAAAGAAAUAUAUGAAAAGUGUUAUAGAUCUUUGUGAAUACUGAAUAGAUAUUUGAGUGAUGGGAUUAUCUCUCUCUCU